GAGCUUCUGAAAGGGGGUGGAAAACCGGUACUUGAAGUCCUUCAGAAGCUCUUUAAUUCCGUCCUCCAUGGUGGCAUUACACCGGAGGCGUGGAGCAGAAGUGCGGUGGUCUUGUUCUUCAAGAAAGGCGACAACGCUCUCUUGAAGAACUACAGACCGAUUUCCCUUCUGAGCCGCGUCUACGUGCUGUUUUCGAGAGUCAUUACGAAUCGUCUCGCGCGCAGACUUGACGACUUCCAGCCUCCCGAACAAGCCGGUUUCCGAAAAGGCUUUAACACCAUAGACCACAUACAUACCCUUCGGCAAAUUGUACAGAAGUCCGAGGAGUACAAUUUGCCACUGUCUGGCGUAUGUGGACUAUGAGAAAGCCUUUGAUUCCGUCGAAAUUUGGGCGGUGCUGCAGUCCCUUCAGCGAUGCCAAGUUGACUGUCGGUAUAUCGAAGUGUUGAAGUGCUUGUACAGUAGGGCUACGAUGGCUAUCCGAGUACAGAACCAGAGUACGAAACCUAUCCAAUUGCAGAGAGGUGUAAGACAGGGUGACGUCAUAUCCCCGAAACUCUACCGCUGCAUUGGAAGAUGUUUUCAAGCUUAGAACUUUUAGAAGCUUAGAAGGUAUCAACAUCAAUGGCGAGUACAUCACUCACCUUCGAUUUGCCGACGAUAUAGUCCUUUGGCAGAAUCGCUGGAGGACCUAAGCACUAUGCUCAAUGACCUCGUUAGUGCUUCCCAACGGAUAGGUCUUAAGAUGAACAUGGACAAAACAAAGAUCAUGUUUAAUGUCCAUGUCACACCUAUGCCGGUAGUUGUUGGGAACACUAAGCUUGAAGUUGUUGACGAGUAUGUUUACCUGGGACAAAUAGUCCGACUUGGUAAGUCCAACUUCGACCGAGAGGUCAAUCUACGGAUUCAACUCGGUUGGGCAGCGUUUUUUUUUUAUAGAAUAUAGAAUAGUGACAAACGAGCACACAGUCCACCUGAUGGUAAGUGGUUGCUGCGGCCCAUAGACAUCUACAUCUAUCCUCGUUUGCGAACCAAAAUGCAGAUGCGCUGCCACCCGUGAGGACUAAGAUGGAAUGCCUCAUUUCCAGUAAAAAGGGCCUCCGGCCACCUGCACUCACCAAGCGAAACGCAGAGGUAAACCUCUACUUCACGCUGGUAUUCUGUGAGGUCGAGGUACAACCCCGGUUUGAGCCGGCCCAUCCGUGCGACAGCAAAAGCUGCCGCGUGGCUCUACCACUGUUAAAAAGCGUUCGGGAAAUUACGGCAUAUCUUCUCGUCAGGUAUACCUCAAAACUUGAAAACGAGACUGUACACCCAGUGCGUGUUGCCAGUGAUGACAUACGGAACUGAGACGUGGUCCUUCACUGCUGGCCGGAUGAGGAAGCUCAAGGUCGCUCAGCGAGCUAUGGAAAGGGCUAUGCUCGGAGUUUCUCUGCGUGAUAAACUCAGAAAUGAGGAUAUCCGCAGUAGAACCAGAGUGACCGACAUAGCCCAACGGAUUAGUAAGCUGAAGUGGCAAUGGGCCGGCCAUAUAGCUCGAAGAACCGACAACCGAUGGGGAAGAAAGGUUCUCGAGUGGCAGCCUCGUACCGGCAUGCGAAGUGUAGGGCGUCCCCCCACUAGAUGGAGUGACGACCUGGUAAGAUAUGCAGGAAGUCGAUGGAUGCAGGUGGCUCAGGACCGUGCUUUGUGGCAUUCUUUGGGGGAGGCCUAUGUUCAGCAGUAGACUUGUGAAGGGCUGUAAUGAUGAUGGUGCAGAUGAUGAAGGGCUAGUUUACUAGUUUAAUCAGUGUUACUUAUCUAUGUGUUGUUUGCUUUCAGUUAAAAUCGAAAUAAAAACUAAAACAUUUAAAUUCAAAUUCAGAUAAAAUCGAAAAUCGUAAUAAUAAACCAUAAAUAAAAUAAUAAAAUAAAGAAAUUCUAAAUCUGAACUAUAUUUUAUUAUAAUAAACUGAGUUUAAUCAGUGUUACAUAUCUAUGUGUUGUUGCUUUAAGUUAAAAUCGAAAUAAAAACUAAAACAUUUAAAUUCAAAUUCAGAUAAAAAUAAAAAAUGGAAAUAAUAAACCAUAAAUAAAAUAAUAAAAUAAAGAAAUUCUAAAUCUGAACUAUAUUUUAUUAUAAUAAAUUCAUCUAUAUUUUAGUGUUGUUGCUUUCAGUUAAAAUCGAAAUAAAAACUAAAACAUUUAAAUUCAAAUUCAGAUAAAAUCGAAAAUCGAAAUAAUAAACCAUAAAUAAAAUAAUAAAAUAAAGAAAUUUUAAAUCUGAACUAUAUUUUAUUAUAAUAAACCGAGAAUCAUUUAAAUUCAAAUUCAGAUAAAAUCGAAAAUCGAAAUAAAAACCAUAAAUAAAAUAAUAAAAUAAAGAAAUUCUAAAUCUGAACUAUAUCAAAAGAGAAAAAACAAAUUGGCUGGAUUGAAUAGCAUCGAGGAUAUCGAUGGAGUGAGGACUCUAUUGAUUAUAGAGAGUUUCACAGAAUUAUAAAGACAUAUUUGAAGGAUAAAAAGAUUUUAUUAAAAGGAUGUGAAAAAAUUAAAUGAGUGCAAGAUAUUUGUGAUGAAAAUAAUACUAUCAUAGAUAUAAGUUGCUUAGAACCUCUCAAUUUAAAUACUCUUUGUGAACUUUAUUGUAAAGAUACUUUACUGUAUAACUGUUUUACUCAUAAGAAAAUAUGUGCGUUAAAAAAUUUUUAUGUAUUAAGAAAUUAUGUUUUGAAAACAAAAUGAUUGUUUGAUUUCCAAUAAAACAUAUGUAAAUAAACACUUCAUCUUUUAAUUUAAACUACCUUUGUGUUCGAGAAGAAGAAAAAAAAAUAGUUUCAGACCGUUAACGAUUAGUACUUAUUAUUAAAGUAACUGUUUUUUUUGUACCACCUUGCAUUUUUAACGAUGAAAUAGAUUAGCCUUCAUAUUUUGUUGUUAUAUUAUUGAACCAUUUGUAUUUGAGAUUCCGAAUGAAACGGUAUUACAAAUGGAACAAAAAUAAAAAAAAAGCGGAUCGAGAAAUAGACUAAAAAUUUAGACCUCUACUGGAGAAAAUUGGGGUCUUCAGCGGCAUGUAGCUCGAGCGAAGCGAGAGCAAGUGACGCAGAAGCCCCAAUUCACACCUACUGUCAUCGUCGCCGGCCGCAGUCAAUGCGAUCUAACACUCUCAUUAUAUGGAUGACUACAUAGGUAGUGUGCCGGAUGGAACUACCUCAAUCGAGUUAGUUAAAAACAUUAGCGAUAUUCACAAGAGUGGUGGUUUCGAAAUUCGAAACUGGACUAGUAACAGUGUUGCCGUUUUAGAUAACGUACCAAAGGAGACUUUAGGUCCAAGUGCAGUAAAGUUUAAAGUCGGUCAGCAGUAUGGAGGUGAGCGAACGCUUGGACUAAUUUGGUUUCCAGCAGAAGAUAAGCUUGGUUUCGACGUCUCACUAAAGCGCUUUCAAGUAACAUUAUUCAGGGCAAUGAACGACCUACGAAGCGGCUUAUGUUAAGGGUAAUAAUGUCAAUUUUCGACGUAUUAGGUUUUCUUGGUCCCUUUACAAUUCAGGGUAAGAUCAUGCUUCAAGACACCUGGCGUUUAAAUAUUGAAUGGGACGAUUAUGUUCCUGACAGUAUUUACACUAAGUGGAAGAAAUGGAUUGACCUACUUAAAGUAAUAGAUAAUAUCCGCAUUCCUAGGUGCCACGCGAUGAUUGCAUGUUUUCAGGACAGGAUAGCGUGCGCAAGCGGGAUGGAAGUCCCCUCUCCCGUGCCAACAGCUACGCCGCCGCCCGCGCCUCUCGACUCGGCCACUCCGCUCGCAUCUACCGCUGCUACGCAGUAUUCUACUACGGGCUACGAAACCGUAGCUGUCACUAGCAGUGCUACGAAUACGAACACAGGUGGAGCUUCUGGGUGCGAGCGGGACGGCGAACACGAGUGCGAGCGGGACGGGUGCGCUCACGGCUGCGUCCUCCGAAGAGACGCUGGUGCCGGCUCCACAUUUCGAGCGGCUGCCACGGACAGAUGCACUGGUCAAGAGGGCCGAGAGCAUGAGUGUGGCGAAGACUCCGAAGCGAAGGCCAUCGUUCACGACCCGACGACGCACGCAGAGCUUCCGCAGACACAGGAAUGACAUGGACCCCUUGCCGCCCGUAGAGAUCGAAGGUUACCUGAAGAGGAAGCAGGAGGCUGGGUGCGGUGGCAAGCGGGCCACUGUGCGAUCUUGGCGCACGUACUACGCGGUGCUGUGCGGCCAGCUGCUGUGCUUCUUCCGUGACCAGCAGGACUUCGGCAGCUCCAAGGCGGCAGCACCACCAGUCGCCAUCCUCAACGCGCGGUGCACGGUGGCGGACGACUACACGAAGCGCGCGCACGUGUUCCGGCUGGCGUGCGGCGACGGCGCCGAGUUCCUGUUCGCGUGCGGUUCGGCGCGCCUGCUGCACGACUGGGUGGCCAAGCUGGCCUUCCACGCGCAGCUGCCGCCCGAGCUGCAGCUCACGCCCUACGCCGACGCCGAGGCCGGGGCCGCCGCCUGCUCCACCGACGAGCUGCGCCGCAGGCUGCACCAGAACGCGUCGUCGUCCUCUUCGGCCGCGUCGUCUCCCGAGACGCAGCGCGCGUCCCGCUCGCAGGCGGAGAUCCUGCAGGAGCACCGGGACUCGCAGCGGGCUUCCGCCACGCCAGAUAGGAACAUAGAAUCGUCCGUGCUGCCAUCUCUGCCACCGCACCAGCCCCCGCAGGAGGAACAAGCGGACGUACUGCCGAGGAACGCGACGGAGCGCAGCGGCAGUCCGUGGGGACGCACGCGCUUCUCCAACGGACGCGAUCUCUACGCAGAGUUCAUUCGCUCGCAGAGAGAAGGAUCCAGUGACUGUGGCUACAACAUCAAAAGAAGUUGCUGACCCUAAGCCUCGCCUUAAUUUUGAAAAAACAGACACAGCUAUAGUUAAAAAUGUAGAAAAUCCAGAACCCAAUGUUGUAUAUGUGCAAGAGAUAGAUCCAACUACAGAUACAGAAGAAAGUGCCAAAAUGGUGAAAAUAACCAACAAUAAAGAUAUUAUUACUAGGGGUAUAACAAAAAUUAAAAACAGGAAAAAUAGCUUGCAAAAUAGAAGAGAAGAUGUACACCAAACAAUUGUAAAAAGUAACACAGAUUUAAAAAAAGACAACUGGAAAUGAUGGAAGAGGAACAUAAAUACAAUAUUAAAAUAGCUAACCUAAAAAUUAGAAAAUUAGAGUUACAAAUAUCUUUAUCAGAAAGUCAGAAAAACACAAGUUAAAUAGCAGCUUAAUGCUGCUGUGUUUAUUAUGGUGAGUUUAUAGAACGAGAAUAGAAUAGAAUGAUUUUUAUUAAAUAUAGAUUAUUACAGAAUACUUAUU